AUGGCCUAUGAAUGUGCAUCUGUCGUCUUAAAACUAUUGCUUUUAGCUGGCGACAUUGAGGAAAAUCCUGGUCCCCCUACCCGCUUGUCUGCUCCGGAAGCAACCUCCGAUAUUUUGCAAGCCUUGCGAGAUCUCCAAACAGGUCAAGCUGCGCUAUUAACCGAGAUGAAGUGUCUCCGUACCAAACUGGCACAAAAUGACGAAACCCUCGGUACUAUCACUGAAAGACUUGGAAAAAUUGAGAUAGACUGCGCAUCCCUCCUUUCCCUGAAGAACGACAUUAAGGAAGUACAGGCAAUCGCGACGCAGAACUCACGUGAAAUUGCCAGUCUUACAGCUAGAGUAGAUGACUCUGAGGAUCGCGCCCGCAGAUCCAAUCUUCUAUUCUUUGGUCUCAAGGACAGUGCAAAUGAAACAUGGGCUCAGUCAGAACAAUCAGCAAUUGACGUAUGCAGUGAAAACCUUGGCGUUCCGAUAACACCAAAAGACAUUGAAAGGGCUCACAGAAUAGGCCGUUUCACCCCGGCCAAGACCAGACCCAUAUUCGUACGCUUUGCAAAUUGGAAAGACAAAGAUCGUGUACUGUCAUGCUCCAAAAACCUCAGAGGGUACCCGUACAGCAUCAGCGAAGAUUUCUCACCGGGCACACGCCUCGCACGAAAAAAAUUGGCCGAGUUUGCCAAAGCAAAAAAUAAACCGACAAAACUUCGUUACAACAAGCUAGUCAUCGAUGGCGUCACGUACGUGUACGACGAAAUCUCGGAAAGCGUCAUCCCGCGACCAUCAUAGCUAACACCGAGUUCACGUCACAAUCUGCAGUGUUCCGAGCACAUUUCGGAACCACGGGGGCCGUGCACUCCCUUACGUUCUGCUACUAACACUUUUCCCGUUCAACUCAUUUACACCAAUAUAAGAAGUCUCAUACCUAAACGAGACCAAAUACUACACAUAAUAGAAACUACCGAAUGCGAUU